AUGUUCCCCGUGUUGUUAACUAAUUUUUUUUUAUUUGCCACUUUAAUAUGUUCGUCUGAGAAUUACCAUAAAAAUGAUAGUCAUCGCGAAAACAAAUCAUGCAAAGGACACACGAAUCUGGAAGAAGCAGAGGAUGUACCCAGCAGUAUAUCAGUGAUAAAAAGGGAGGAUACAUUCUUGUUACCGGAAGAAACUGACCUGGAAGAUUACUGGGAAUAUAUAGAACCCGAGGAGCCCUCACAGAGGAUAAGUAUAUUGAAUAAAAUAAAAAAAUUCUUCCAAAAAUUAAUAAACAUUGACAAAUUUUGGGAACUGUUAAAAGGAAUAGAUUUAUAUUUUGUCCGAAAUGUGCUGAAACCAAUGGGAUACUUAUCCGAAAGGACCAAAUGGUGGAAAGUUAGUACUAAGAAAAUUUCUUCAUGGGAAAGGCUUGUAAAAAUAUCAAAAAUGUUAUUUCCUAUCGUUUUUCCUUUUUUAUGUUCAAUUAUAUGUUUUGUGAUGCAGUCGUAUUUCUCUGGUACGGUGUUGUUUUAUGUGGCGCUACUUUUCCCGUCAUAUAUUUUGUUAAGGAUAUUCAAAAAUUAUGAGAACCUGUAG